UGAGACACAGGCUGUGUGUUUAUCGCCCACAGCGCCCCGUCUGCUCACACGAACCGGAUGAACUUGACAGUUUGAACGGGAAACGAUUUCACGCUGUAAACUCGGUCCAAUCCUCGGUUGCUUAAUUCUGGCGUCUGUUGUAAACACUGCAGACAUUUUAGCUCAUUUCCUCACAUCGCCGAGUGAAGAAAUCCGAAACUAGCACCAGCUCGGCGACGCUUCGCAUGCAGGACUGUUGAGUUGAGGCUCAGGCAUGUCGGAACCGCGCGGCAAGAGAUUAAAAAGCAGCGUCCCCGUCUGUAAAACACACCGAGCCUCGGCCGGGAGUGCAGUAAAGCAGAAUCUGCCCUCCAUCGUUGAAGAAGGGCUGUGCGGAGUUUCGAGCUUGCUCAUGGAGUUAGCUUACCGUCUCCAAGCGCUGGCUAAGAUCUUUGAUCAGGAUGACAUGGCAUUGCCCCGUGUAGCUGCGUACUUCCAUCAGGAGUCUGCGAGGGAGCAGGAGCAGGCGGAGGCCAUGCUGCAGUACCUAUCAGAGCGUGGAGGACAGUACUGCAACAAAGAUAUUCAGAGACCAGGCACAGAGCAGGUGUGUGCGCUGCUCCCAGCUCUAGAACUCCUGCUGGGCCAGUGGAAGGAAGAGAUGGCCAUCAUGGUGGAGCUGUGUCAGCUAGCACGUGAGCAUGGAGACCCCCACUCCGCCAGCAUGCUCAAAAGCCACUUCCUCCAGCCCCUCACACCAAAGAUCAAACUACUAGGUGACCUCUUGACCAAUGCUAAAAAAGUGGGCUGCACCAGUGAUGGUGCUGGAGGAUUCGGAGAGUACAUCAUUGACCAGCUGUAUGAAGAGCUGGCAAGAAGUGAUUGAGCUUCCUCCUGAUGAGCCUACUAUGGAUGCAUUAAAAAGCCUGACCAGCAGUUCUUUCCUAUAUGUGUUUUCUAUUCUUAACUACAGUCCAUUAUUAAAAGCAGUGCACAAACUGCAGUUUUAGACUUUAAUAGAAAUCAGUUAUAGGUUUCUUGAAAAGCACUUUUAUAAAUUAGUAUUAAAAUUCUCCCUCAGGUUGAAGUAUUGCUCAAAUCAAAUAUUGGGUGAAUUUUACUGUUACGUAAGCAAGGAAGUUUCAUGAUUUCAGCAAAGUAUUUAAAAUCAGGAACAGUAUUAAGAGUAUUAAGCUGGCUGUUUUGAGAGCUGUGUUCUGCAUAUGAAUGUGUGUUUGUAUCAGAUGCCUAUAGUUUGGAAAAGAAACUUGCCUUGAUAAAGACUGAUUAUAUUUAAAAAGACAAUCAUUUUAUUUUGCAAUGGAUCAUUGUAUUAGUUUUUUGACAGAGCCUAAAUGAGUCUUUUGAUAUGUAUUGUUUGUUGGAGGCAUUUUUACCACACUCCACCUAUUUUUCUGUAGCACUGCGAUUUUAAUAAGGCAUUGUUUCCAUUUCAAAUAUGUCAAUGCCCAUCUAUAAGCAUGCACUCACAGAAAUGUAGCAUGUCAUUACACAUUACCUUAUAUUCAGAUAAGUGUAUUCAUUUCUUGAUGUUUGAGAGGCCAAAGAGAGAGCUCCACAUGUAUUGUUAUUGUAUCGAUUUAAGCCAUAAAAAUAAAACAUACAGACAAUAA